AUGACUGAACUCAAGGGUCAGAUGCAGAGUUCAAAAGCUGCAAUCAGCACAGUGAUGGAACUGCAGUGCACUACAUCUAACCUGGAUGCCCCAUCUACAUCUUCCCCUCAAAAACUUAGCCAGAGUGAUUUCAGGAGAGUCAAAUUCACAGAGGACAGUAGUCCCUUUCCGAUCCCUGGCCUGGCAGCAGACAUCCUGCACAUGCAAGUGAAAGAAGGAAGCAAGAUCCGCAAUUUGCUUCGGUUUGCAACAGCUCGCAUGCAAGAAGAGGGAAAAGACGACAACGGGACAUCACCGAGGCAGGUGGUGUUCACUGGCUCGGGUAGAGGAGUCACCAAGACCAUCACCUGUGUGGAGAUUCUGAAACGAAAAGUGGGAGGGCUCCACCAAGUGUCCAAGCUCUUCUACAAGACAGUGAAUGAGGUCUGGAAGAGUCCACAAAAAGGAGAAGAAUGCUCUGUGAAGAGGACAGUACCUGCAAUCUGUAUCCUGCUCUCUAAAGACCCUCUGGAUCCCCAGGAACCAGGGUACCAACCACCUGAAACCCUGAGUGUAACCACAGAAGAAGAAAAGAGACACAGAGCUCUGCUCAGACCAGCUCACAGUCUUUCCUCACACACAGCCAAGAGAUUCUGUCUGCACAACUGGAGUGUGUGUUCUCCACAGACACCUAAAGACGUGACUACAUCACGAGAAAUGUCAGGAAAAUGA